CGCAUUCGCAAAAGCUAUCCAAAUCCUAUUAUAAUAAACCAAAAGAAAUACCUCAAAAUGGUCCGUCAAUUCAAGCACCACGAGCGGAAACUCCUUCGCAAGGUCGACUUCCACAACUACAAAUCCGAAAGCGACCACCGCGAACACACCGUCCGCGCCCGCUACCACCUCCAAGAUCCUUCCGACUACCGCAAAUAUAACGCGCUCGCCGGAUCCCUGCGGCAACUCGCGCACAAGCUCUCCGCGCUAGACCCCGAGGCCGACCCUGUCAGAAAACAGAUUGAAAGCGAUGUGUUGGAGAAGUUGUGGCGGAUGGGGGUGUUGAAACAGAAUCGGGAGCAGGGAGCUGGACUCUCCAGGGUUGAGAGGGAGGUUACUGUUUCGGCAUUUUGUAGGAGGAGGUUGGCGAUUUUGAUGGUUAGGAGUGGGAUGGUGGAGAAUGUUAAGGCUGCGAUUACGUUCAUCGAACAAGGUCAUGUGCGUGUCGGGACUGAGGUGGUCACUGAUCCUGCGUUCCUGGUGACCCGGAAUAUGGAGGAUUUCGUGACAUGGGUUGAUUCCAGCAAGAUCAAGCGUAACAUCAUGCGCUACCGCGACAAUCUGGACGACUUCGAUUUGAUGUAAAUAUACCCUGGCAUCUACUAUGGCGUUGAUUGGAAGUUUUUAUAAAAGGAUUUGUAUUGUAUAGUUGGAUAAGCGUGAUUAAUAACGAUUAUUAAUAACGUGUG